CCUUUAAUGUCAAUUGAUGCCAAUGCAAGUAUGGCGGAAUUCGGCGAUACGAACUCGCACGAGAUGACAGAGAAUCAUGUCGGUAAGCGGUGCAAGAAUCAGUGGGUGCGACUGAACGUGGGCGGGACGUACUUCUUGACAGCGAAGACCACCCUGGCGAGGGAUCCGAACUCGUUUCUCUACCGGUUAUGUCAGGAAGACUCUGAUCUUAUUUCGGACAGGGAUGAAACGGGAGCAUACCUGAUAGACCGUGAUCCUAUGUACUUCAGUCCAAUCUUGAAUUAUCUACGCCAUGGUAAACUGGUUAUCAACAAGGAUUUAACAGAGGAAGGUGUACUGGAAGAGGCAGAGUUUUAUAAUAUCACUGAGCUCAUUCGGCUAGUCAAAGAGAGAAUUAUUCUGAGGGAUACUCGACCACAGAGGGAUUCCAAGAAGCACGUCUAUAGAGUUAUCCAAUGUCAUGAGGAUGAGCUGACACAGAUGGUGUCCACAAUGUCGGACGGAUGGAGAUUUGAACAGCUAAUCAACAUAGGUUCUCAAUAUAACUAUGGUAAUGAUGAUCACGCGGAAUUUUUAUGUGUGGUAAGCAGAGAAUACGGAUCUAGUCAGCUCAGCUGUAAAGAAGAGGAAUCUACGGAUCGCGUCAAGGUUUUGCAGCAGAAGGGUUCACGCAUGUAAUGUCUAGAUCCGUCCUUGUUUUCCCUUGCCUCCUUUAGUUUGAUCAGCUGCGUUGCGACAAGAUGAAGACUGUUUUCGUUUUUACAUUUAAAGUAUUAAAUUAUAAAACCCUUUUAAAUACUCUUUUUCCAUUAUAUUCUCUCUAUUCUUAGAUAAUGUUAAUCUACAGGGACAUUACAGUGCAAAGGAUAAAGAAAAUUUUAUAGAUAUGUAUUUAUUACAUAGCGAGAUUGUACAUGAAGCUUUAAAAACCGAAAGUAACACAUUAUUAUUAAUUUAUUCCUCUUUAUUAACAGUGCCCAGAAGACGAAAAGAAAAAAAAUGUCGAUCUCACGAAUGGAAUAGUUUAAUAAUUUCAUACAGUUUAUAUACAGAUAAUCGCGCGCGCGUGUGCGUUAUACAACAAACACAAAGUAAAAACCUUCCUUUUUCUAUAAG